AUGCACCCUCAAGAGCUCGCCAGCUCCCCUCCCGCCGCAAUCACACGCAAUUAUGUGCCGAGGCGCGCACACUGCUGUGCUGAGGACACUAUCACCGUCACCGUCAACCCCAACUGCGCCGACGGGUACAAGCUCACGGCCACUCCUGCCACUCAGAGCGUCGUGGCGGGCGCCGGCGGCACCGGCACCGCUGACGUCACCAUUACCCGCAGCCCCUCCCUGGCCGGCGCGGCCCUCACGUUCGGCCCGAACCCAAUCACGUGCACGCGCAAGGGUGUCACAGACGUCUACACCUGCACCAACAUCCAGCCCGGCACCAACGUCAUCACCGUCUCCGCAGCAAACAACGUGGGCUGCGACGCAAAGACAUCCUUCACCGUUGUAGUCACCCUGAGCUGCGACUCCUACAGCGUCUCAAUAACGGCGUCCCCGACGACGAUCACCGCCCCCAGCGCCGGCUCGAUCCCGCCAGUCACUGUCUCCCUGGCGUUCACGCCCGCCUCCUUCCCCACCGACGCCACGAUCACCUUCACUGGCGCGACCUGUGCGCUCAUCAAAACGGGCGCCCCGCCGUACACCUACUCCUGCACGGGCCUCAAGCUCGGGGUCAACACCAUCAUGGUCACUGUCUGCAACAACGGCUGCGACAAGUCGGACGAGGUCAAGGUCUUGGUCAAAGGCCCCUUCGGCGGCUGCUACACCCGUACCAAUGGCUUCUGGAAGAAUCGCGGCGCCCAGACGCAGUACUUUGUCGACGGCCUCAAGCUCUGGGGCCGGUCCUUCACCCAGGCGGCCACAACCAAGACGGACACCGCCCAGACGUGCACGCUCGCCGACCCCCUGCGCGUGCUGUGCGUCAAGGGGCAGUCCCUCUGCGACCUGCAGCAGCUCGGCAAGCAGUGCAUGGCGGCGCUGAUCAACGCGCGGAUCAGCUCCACCUGCAGCGGCGACUGCUUCACGGGCGCCACCGGCCUCGGCUACAAGGCAAACCUCGACUUCUGCUGCGGGCCGACCGCCCCCCCGCCCGACGCCAAGAUCUCCAGCUGCAUAGGCUUGAUCGACAACUUUAACAAGGACAAGAACUUCGUCGGGAUGGCGCCCCUGCCCGCCGACGCCUCCCCUGCCGACCAGGCAAAGUGCCCCAACCUGCCGGGCGGCGGGCCCACUUCCACGCAAGGCUCUUGCUCGAAAUACGCCGACCAGAGCUCGACGGCGAACGACCAGUGCAAGGCGGGCUACUGCUACAACUCCCGCCGCAGGCUGCUGCUCGAGUUUAGGGGCGAGCUGUGA